ACCAGCUCACCCCCUGUUGUUCCAUUCCUCCUCGUCUCCCACACGGGCAAAGAGAUUCUCCAUUUCUCCCGGCUUCCUCUUCUCCUCCUCCUAUACAUAGGCGUCGCCGCGUACGCCAUUGCCAGCCUCGUCCCAAUCCCACCACCUGCGCCACGCGCGCGCGCGUCCUUCGGGCACCCUCGCACCGCACCGUCCGUUGGCGCGCGGUUGGUGGGGCGGUGGUGGUGGUGGUGCCUUGGCUAGUUUGGCCGGCGCGCGCGGGGAGGGAGGGAGGGAAGGAGAGGAGGAAGAGGAUGCUCGGGUUCAGGUCGCAGACGCCGUGGUCGGGGGCGGGGGCGGAGCCGAUUUGCGGCGACGCGGCGGCGGCCGUGGUGGCGGCGCGGAAGGGGAUGGAGACGCCGCUGACGGCGGUGGCGGAGGCGUUCGAGGAGCUGGCCCGGAGGAUGGAGGCCGACGGCGGGGAGCUCCGCCUCGGGCCCUUCGGCGACACGUGCGCGCUCGUCUCCGUCCUCUUCAGCUGCCUCGGCAUGGCCUUCAGGUUCGCCGAGAUCGAGUACGUCGCCAAGGUGAACGACCUCAUCGGAGCGGCGAAGUCGUACGGCACGCUGAACGACAUCCUGGACAAAGACGUCGAGAACGACUGCGUCAAGAAGCAGGGCAGCCACUCCCGCAACCUGCGCAGGGUCCGCCUCGGCCUCGGCCUCAUCAAGGUUCUCUUCGAGCAGUUCCUCUCCACCCAGGAAUGUUCGCUGUAUGAUGCUGCUACGACAGCUUACGGGCAGGUUUGCGCGCCGUUUCACAGCUGGGCGGUCAGGAAGGCUGUUGGUGCUGGGAUGUACACUCUUCCAAGCAGGGAGCAGCUGAUCGUGAGGCUCAACGAAACUGAUUGCUCCGUGCAGAAGGAGAUGAGGAGAUACAUCGAUGCCUCUAGCCCUAUCAUAGACUACAUCGACAACCUUUUCCUCUCGAGGAGCAUUAGCCUAGACUGGUGAAACUGAACUGGAGUUCAUAUUUGCAGCUGCUGACAAAGCUGUCGUUGAUGCCAUUGUUUUGUUCUUUUCAUAGCUAUUAUGUAGCCUUGGGUGUGGUUGUCUGGUGGAUGCUCACCCUGACUCCCUUCGCAGAGUCAUGUGUAAUGUAUAACUGUAUGGUGAUUCAGUACGAUCAUGGAUAACCUGUUUUGCCAGCGAUUGGGCACAGAGGAAUGGUGGUUGGAUGGUGCUAUGUGAAAAUUAUGUGUGUUGCGAUUAUCUCUUUUUAAAUUAAGUGGUAUUUGAGAAAC